CCGGGCCAUUCAGUAAUAGGAACUCGGUUGGACCACACGCUUUAUCGUUCCAAAAAUACACCACUAGAAACUAACAACAUGGUGCCUGUAUCUUACGAUCAGCCAAUAGUGCAAACGUACUUCGUGUACUCUGGAGUGUUGGCUCUCAAAGUGCUGGUGAUGGCACCUUUGACAGCGAGACAGCGAUAUGCAAAGAAGGUAUUCGCUAACGAAGAAGACGCUCAAAAAGCUAAAGGUGUCGUCAAAUUCGAUGACCCCGACGUGGAGCGAGUUAGGCGCGCACAUUUAAACGAUUUGGAAAACAUUCCCGUCUUUUGGAUUUUGGGAGGACUGUAUCUUACAACGGGCCCGGAUCCUGAAGUUGCCACUUGGUUGUUUAGAAUAUAUACCGCUGGUCGUAUACUACAUUCAUUAGUGUAUGCUGUAAAACCAAUGCCACCGCCGUCGCGAGGUAUCGCGUUCGGAGUAUCCAACCUCAUUACCUGGUACAUGGGCUGGAAAGUCGUCUCCCAUUACUUCAAUGCCCUGUAAACGAGUGCGUUGUGUGUUCAAUGGACUGUAGUAUUGAUUUUCGGUGAAGAUUACGUGUACUGUUUGUUCAAGUAUUGUACGAUAACGACUAAAAGAUUAGGCAGGACACGAUAUGUUA